AUGAAGAGAAGCGCACCCUCGGCAGGCUCGAAAGCUGCUCCAAAGUCAAAGAAGCCGCGCGUCGAGGUCCCCGAGUACCACUUGACUCCAUCCCUACGCGAUGAGUCUGGGGAGAUUAUAUGGCCAGCUCCAAAUCAUCAGAUCGAGACAGCGAGAAAGAGGAUACUAGAGUGUGCUGCCGCAGGGAAAGGAACACUCAUCGUUCCCGACAAGGAUGCAGAUGGCCUGACCUCGGGUGCCAUCUUACAAAAGACACUGGUAUUGCUUGGACUUGAUCCGAAUUUGAUCUCGGCGCACCUUUUACAAAAAGGCGGCAAUAUCCAUGACGAUGCCGAACGGACUGCCAUGGCAGCGCACAAGCCCGAAUACGUAUUUGUGCUGGAUCAGGGCUCCAGAAAUUCGCCACCAGUCAUUGACGCACCUCACAAGGCUUUGGUGAUAGAUCAUCACCAUGCUUUGGAGGGUGAUUUCCCCGAGGGUGCGGAACACGUGACGGCUUGCGACUCACCGCCCGUGGCCACGAGUUCGCUACUCACAUAUCAUAUUUGUUCUCAUCUCCAUGAAGGCGUGCGUGAGGAAUGCGACUGGUUGUGUGUGAUGGGCACACACGGGGACUUGGGAAACACACUGAAAUGGGAACCUCCAUUUCCAGACAUGAAGCCAACAUUCAAGACAUAUACAAAGAAAGCGUUAAAUGACGCAGUGUCGCUCAUCAAUGCGCCGCGGCGGACAGCUACGUAUGACGUGCCGGGCGCCUGGAAAGCAUUGACAUCGGCAUCAUCGCCGUCAGAACUCCUCAAGAACAAGACGCUGCUUGCUGCCCGCGCAGAAGUAAAUGCCGAAGUUGAGAGGUGUACGCACACGGCGCCCAAGUUCUCUGGAGAUGCCAAGAUUGCCGUUUUUCGCAUCAAUUCGGCGGCGCAAAUACACCCCGUCAUUGCGACUCGGUGGGCAGGCCACUUGCAGUCGCCCAAGCUCGAGGUCAUUCUCGUGGCCAAUGAAGGUUAUCUUCCAGGUAUGGUCAACUUUUCAUGCCGCAUCCCACGUAGCGCGCGAGCUCGCGACCCACCGGUCAACAUUAUCGAGGUUCUAAGGGGUAUCGCCGACAAGGCAUGCGACUCGACCUUGCGGGCACGGCUGGGCGAGUCGUUUGCCAGGGGACACAAGGAAGCAAGUGGUGGUAUCGUGCCCAAGGCUGAAUUCGAAGAGCUCAUGGAGGUUCUCGAGAUUGGUAAAAAGCCCGAGGACGGCAGCCCGAGCAAAAAGAAGGUCAAGAACCCUUUGCCAAAGCAGUCCAAUACUCUCAUGAAUUAUUUUGGCAAAGCUUGA